AUGAAAGCCCAUCACCACCAUCCCGCCAUUGUGUCCACCAGCAUACUGCACUUCAUGCCAUUCCGCCUCUCGUCCACUCUGCUGCCAGUCGUCUCUGGCGGUCACGCACGCACGCACGUCGUGAGGGGCGGACACGCAAGACGCGGCGUCGUCGGUGAGGUCAAGGGCGAGGGCGAGGGCGAUGGCGAGGUCGAAGGGCGAGGCGGCGGUCGUGAGCUCUUUCGAUCAACGAAGAUGAGAGGUCGACGAGGUGGAGGUGAGGUGAGGUGGUGUUAUGAUGAGGGCGAAGAGGAGGUGAUGGUCGAGGCGGACCACCGUCAGUAG